AUGGAAGAAGAAAGUUUUAGCAAUAGUUCAUCUUAAAAUAUAAAAAAUCAUUAGGUUCCAGAAUAUAUGAAAAAGGUUCCUGAAGAUGUAGCACAAGUUCUCUUAGAUAUUGAAGAAUUUAGGGAAAAAAGGAAAAUAAUACCAUAUUUUGCAUAAUAUGAAUUUGAUAAUUAGAAAUAAAAAAUGCAUGAAUUUUGGGGAAAAUCCAUUGAGCAAUUUAUGAAAAAGUAUGAAAAAAGUUGUAUUAUUUCUAUUGAAUAUAUUCAUUAAGUAUUCAAUUUUAAUGGAUUCUAACCUAUGAGCUUGUAAAGAGUAAUUGAAGAACUUGCCUAAGAAAAUAACUUUUCAUAUGCUGGGAACAAAUUAAAAUUAAUGAAAAUGCUGAAUUUAGACACUGCUAAAGAACUAAAAGAUCAAGAAAAGAUUAAAGAAUAUGAGAAAAAUUAAUAAGAAAAACAAUAAAAGAAAGCAGGGUUGUUCUAAAAAUUAAACAUUUUCAAUUACUUUAAGUCAUAAAAAUAAGAUGAGGAAGAUAGCAGUAUGCAAAACCCUCAAAUUUUACAAUAAAUUACUGAAAUAUAAGAAUAAAAUAAUUUUAUUGUAAGUAAAAAAUUGAUUGUGAAACACUUUAAAAAAUUCAUAGAGUUUUUAAGCAAUCAACAAUGGUAUAAUGAUCAUUUUUCUUUUGAAAGUGAUAUCUUACAAUAAGCAUCCAAGAUAAAUUUAAAUUUAGGAGAAGUUAAGCUCUUUUUAGAGUUAUUAGAAAAAGAUGGCUAAGUUAAAUACUUUGGGGACAAGGAAAUAGGAAAAAAGAUCAUCUUCUAUGACAAGGAUAAAAAAUCAUAAAUGAACGAAGAUUAUUUCACAAACUAAUCUGUUGUUUUCUAAUUAGAAUACAAUAUUUAAAUCUUAGAAAAAAAUAUUUCAAAGUAUAAUGAAAAUUUGCAAGAGUUAAAGAAUAAAAUUUUGGAAUGCAAAGAAACUGAAAAGGCAAAGAAAUAACAGUAUUUGAAAGAGUAUCUCAUUAUACAAAAAACUAUUGAAACAACUCUAAAUAAGUAACAAACUCUCAAAAAGAACAAAUUGUAAGUAGAGGAUGCAAUUACAAAUAAAAGAGUGUUAAAUGUAUUAAACUAGGGCGUUGCUACUGCUAAACAAAAUUAGGUUGACAUAUAAUUAAUGGAAGAUAUAAAAGAAUAAUUUGAAGAAAUUAAUGCUUAAGAAUAAGAAAUGACAGACAUGUAUCAAGAAUUCAAUAAGUUAGAUUAACAAUAAAAGGAGGAAAUAGAUUUGCAAUUACAACAAUAUUUAGAAGAAGCUGGAUUUCCAGCAGAGUAAAAUUAAAACUAUGCAUAAAAUAUUGUAAGCUAUAACAAUAACAUAAAUUCCUAAAAUAAUAAUGCAUCAAUUAAUUUUAAUAAUAAUAAUAAUAAUAAUAACAAUGCAAACAAAGCUAUUAACAACAACAAAAUGGAUGUAGAAGAUCCUUUAAAGCUUCUUGAUGAGUUAGCUUGA